CAAACAAUGAUGCCAAUGUCACUGCAUUUUCCUUUAGUAUUGCUUGAGGUCCUUAUUGCUGUGGUUCUGAUUCAAGCUCAGGAUCAACUAGGAUUCAUAAGCAUAGAUUGUGGGCUACCUGCAAAUUCAAGCUAUACUGAGAAGAGCACGGGCAUAUUUUACAUUUCAGAUGCUAAAUUCAUAGAUACUGGUGUAAGUAAGAGUGUACCACCUGCAGAGAAGAGUAAUCAUCAACAGCAACUAGGAAAUGUGAGGAGCUUUCCUAGUGGAGUGAGAAACUGUUACAAAAUAAAUGUAACCAAGGGUUCUAAAUAUUUAAUCAGAGCUACUUUCUUUUAUGGAAACUAUGAUGGUCUAAAUCAGGUUCCACAGUUUGAUCUUCAUCUUGGGGCUAAUUUAUGGGACACAGUGAAGUUCUCUAAUGCAUCACUCAGCACAAUCGAUGAGAUAAUUCACACCCCUUCACUAGAUUACAUACAUCUGUGUCUAGUUAACACAGGCACUGGGACUCCAUUCAUUUCAGCCAUAGAAUUAAGGACUUUGAACAAUGCUUCUUAUGUCACAAAACCACCUGCAUCAUUAGCAUGCCUCCAACGAUUUGAUUUAGGUUCCACCACUAACUUAGAGUACAGGUAUGGAUAUGAUGCUUAUGACCGAAUCUGGAUGUCUGUUGCUUCCAAAAGGUGGUCACAAUUAAGCACCUCACUUAGCUCUGGUGAUCUUGCUGAAAAUGUCUAUAAUCUACCAGCAGUUGUCAUGAGCACUGCCGCAACACCACUGAAUGCUAGUUUUUCCUUUGAGCUCAAUUGGGAUGCGGAUAAUGUAAAUGACCAAUACUACAUCUACAUGCACUUCAAUGAGGUUGAAAAGUUGGGACCGAAUGAAACUAGAUCAUUCAGUAUCUCCCUUAAUGGCAAGUUUUGGUAUGGACCUGUGAUGCCUGUAUACCAAGUAGCAAAUAGCGUAUUUACUACAACACCUUUGACUGGACUCUCAAGGUAUCAAUUUUUGUUAUAUAAGACAUUGCUUGCUACCGUUCCACCCAUCAUCAAUGCCUUUGAGAUUUAUAAAGUUACAGAUUUCUCACAAUCAGAAACUGAACAAGAUGAUGUUGAUGCUAUCACAAACAUUAAGAGCAUUUAUGGGGUGGCUAGAAAUUGGCAAGGAGAUCCGUGUGCCCCUGUGGCAUACAUGUGGGAAGGUCUAAAUUGUAGUUUUGAUGGUGAUAACUCCCCAAGAAUCACAUCCUUGAAUUUGUCUUCUAGUGGACUAACCGGGCAGAUAGCAUCUUCAAUCUCCAAGCUCAUUAUGCUACAAUACUUAGAUUUAUCAAACAAUAGCUUAAGCGGGCCAGUACCUGAUUUUCUAACACAACUGCAGUCACUAAAAGUCUUAAACUUGGGGAAUAACAAUCUUACAGGUUUAGUCCCAAGUGGACUCGUUGACAGAUCAAAGGAGGGUUCUCUGUCAUUGAGCGUGGGGCAAAAUCCAAAUCUAUGUGAACCUGAUUCAUGCAACCAACAAACAGAUGAUCAUAAUAAAGGGAAGAAGAAACAUAAUAUAGUUAUUCCGGUAGCAACAGUUGCUGGGAUUCUGGUGCUCCUAGUAAUUGUAGUUGCAGCUAUCAUCUGUGGCCUUAAAAAGAGAAAACCACACGCAUCUGUGACCAUUGAUGUGGAUCACAUUACGCCAAGUGGAUCACAAUUUGAAGUCAAACAACGGCAGUAUACGUUCAAUGAUCUUGUUAAGAUCACCAACGACUUUGACAGAAUUCUUGGUAGAGGUGGAUUUGGAAAAGUUUAUCAUGGAUAUAUUGAUGACACUCAAGUAGCUGUCAAGAUGCUUUCUUCAUCCUCAGUACGAGGAUAUGAACAAUUUCUAGCGGAGGUUAAACUUCUGAUGAGAGUUCAUCAUAGAAAUUUAACUUCUCUUGUUGGAUAUUGCAAAGAGGAAAACAACAUAGGACUCAUCUAUGAAUAUAUGGCAAAUGGAAACCUGGAUGAAAUUCUUUCCGGAAAAAAUAGAAGGGCAAAGUUCUUGUCAUGGGAAGACAGGCUCCAAAUAGCACUGGAUGCAGCCCAAGGUGAAAGAAAAAUAAAUACAAGAAUUUCUCCUUCAAUCCUUUGAUUCUUCCCAUCUAUUUAUAUUGAGAAUUUGAUAUCAGGACUGGAAUAUCUGCAUAACGGUUGUAAGCCACCAAUAAUCCACAGAGAUGUAAAAAGUACAAAUAUUUUACUAAAUGAAAAAUUUCAAGCAAAAUUAUCUGAUUUUGGCCUAUCCAAAUGCUUUCCCACUGAUGGGGGCACACAUUUGUCCACUGUUGUUGCUGGCACUCCCGGAUAUUUGGAUCCUGACUACAGCAUAUCAAACAGGUUGACAGAGAAAAGUGAUGUUUAUAGCUUUGGAGUUGUUCUUUUGGAGAUAGUCACAGGUAAACCAGCUAUAACGUCAAAACCAAAUGAUAAGAUUCACAUAAGUCAGUGGGUUAGCUCCAUGCUUUCUAAUGGAGAUAUAAAAAACAUUGUUGACUCAAAAUUACAAGAUUUUGACACUAGUUCUGUCUGGAGAGUUGUUGAAAUAGGCAUGGCUUCUGUGUCCAUUAAUCCUACUAAAAGGCCAAGCAUGAGUGAUGUAGUCAACGAGCUGAAGGAGUGUUUGGCUACAGAAUUAGCUCGAAAAAAUACUAGUUGUGACACUGAAAACAAUGAUUCAGUUGAGUUGGUCACUAUGAAUUUGACAACUGAAUUUGGUCCCCCAGCUAGGUAGUAGUGUAGUCCCUUCCUGAUGCUAAAAUAGUUC